AAGUGCAGCUGCUUUGAAGCACUCUGGGACCCCUCCAACUAAUCCUUCUGUUGAUUAUCCGUCUGGUGAUUCAGAUCAUGUUUCUAAGAGAACAAGACCAAUGGGAAUAUCAUAUGAGGAACUUGAAAGUGUGGGAUCUUAUUGCUUGUUCAAUGCUCUUUCAGCUGCUUUGAAGCACUCUGGGACCCCUCCAACUAAUCCUUCUGUUGAUUAUCCGUCUGGUGAUAAGGAACUUGAAAGUGUGGGAUCUUAUUGCUUGUUCAAUGCUCUUUCAGGUUUUCACUUGUCUUGCAUUUUUCAACCCCUUAUUUCACCACUAAAUUCAUUCCCUUGGGUAAUUAAUGGAUUGAUUGAUGCCAUCAUAUCUUCUGGACGGUUGAGUAGGUUUCUCGCUUGUCCUGAACAUAAAUUUAAAGAUGGAGACACAAAUUCCUGUCCAUCAUCAUUCCUAAGUGAACAGCCUGAUUGUGUUCAAGGUUUGGGUGUAUUUAUCCAAGAUGCAUGUUGUACUUUGUCAAGUAGUGAGGAACAGGCAUUAAAUAUGGUGUUGAAUCAUGUGACUCUAAGUGUGUCCCAGGGUUCCUUUGUUGCAGUUAUUGGAGAGGUCAGAUCCUUGUUUGAAUUUAAUCAAGAUGUCUUUAGCAAAUAAUGUAAAAUAAUCUUAUAUGGUAGAGUAAUUUCAUUGGAUAUGCUCACC